UGGACAACUUCCACGAUCGCCGGUUCAGUUUCGGGGUUAAUUGAUCGAGAUCUCGGAGCGCUUCUUUUAGUAUUUAUCAAACGCGUCAGCGCAAUUCCAUGAACGCGGUUGGGGUAUAUUUGAUUAAUUGAUUGAUAGAUUCAUUUCAAUAAAACUUUAUCGAUCAGAAAAGUGUAAAGAUUUUUUUUUUGCAAAAGUUAGUCUAGCAGCGAUCGGUCGCAGAAGAUGCGUCGCGUUUGCGUAUCUCCCGUGUGGAUUCUCACGCUUAUCGCAUUGUUCUUACCAAUCGGCGUGAACUCCCAAGGCGAAUUAGUUGGAGAACAGUGUGUGGUGCUACGCACCGAUGCUCCCGGAAUCUGUCGACUGAUAUCGGAAUGUCCGUCCGUUAUUGAUGACAUUCGAAAUAAACGGCCGGCACCCACCAAAUGUGGAUUCGUGAACAAAGUUCAAGUAGUUUGUUGCCCGGAUGGAGUUGCCCCAAGAACUACAACCACUCCAUCACCGGCCGUGGUCGCUAGCCGACACCCGAAAAUUGCAGAAAAAUGUUCCGAAUUCGGAGAAGCAGUUUACACCAAAGAAUAUGUCACCUCCCUUGGAGCGGAACAGCCGAAGUUGCUUAGACUGGACAAGUGUGGCCACAAGGCGGUGGAACUGAUUGUGGAUGGAGAGGUUGCCAAGGCCCGGGAGUUCCCACACAUGGGACUGAUCGGGUACGGAGUGGCACCGGAUGUACACUUCCAGUGUGGUGGAUCACUUGUUUCGGAACGGUUUGUCCUUACUGCCGGACAUUGUGUGAACUCCGUAGAACAUGGUGCCGCCAGUGUGGUCCGUCUCGGAGAACUGGCCCUUGAUUCCUCCAACGACGAAGCCUUCCCUGAAGACUUCAACGUUGCCGAGCUAUUCCCCCAUCCGGAGUACCGCAUGGCUACCCAAUACAAUGACAUUGCCCUACUCAAGUUGGACCGGAAGGUGAUAUUCUCCCCGUACAUUCGACCUAUCUGUCUGCCCCAAUCAGAGGUGCUCAAGAAUCGUAAGGCCAUUGCCACCGGUUGGGGAACCAUCGGGUACGGCGAAAGCACUAGCCCGGUGUUGCUGAAAGUUGUGCUAGAUAUGUUCAGUCAUGAGGAAUGCUCCCCACAGUUCGAACCGAAUCGAAAGUUGAAAGAUGGUAUUCGCCCGGAGAGCCAGAUAUGUGCUGGCUCGAGAAAUUCUUCUAAAGAUACUUGUCAGGGUGAUUCCGGAGGACCGUUGCAGAUCUACAACGAUGAGAAUGUCUACUGCACCUACACCAUUAUAGGGGUGACCUCAUUUGGGAAAUACUGUGGCCUUGCUGGGACACCUGGUGUCUAUACGAAAGUCUACUCAUACAUUUCGUGGAUUGAAAAUCUGAUAUUCUAACUACUUAUUGAAAUAAACUACUUACCUCAGCGUUGAUAAA